GAAUGAUAAAUCGUUUGAACAUCUCUGAAAAGAGGGACCUGGACACUAUCCCAAGGGUUGCCACUGAAAUGUUCAAUGAUGGUGAGGUGAACUGGGGCCGGGUGGUGAGCUUCAUCGCCUUCGGGGCAGUGAUGGGUGAUCACCUGAAGAAGAUUCGCCGAGAGGAUUGCAUUGAUGAAGUGGCUGUGCAAAUCUCUAAAUACCUGACACAACACAAGAGGGGGUGGCUAGAGACUCAUGAUGGCUGGGAUGGCUUCACUAAAUUUUUCCAUGAGAACAAUGUGGAGGAUUCAGCGAAGAAAGCAUUAAUGUGGAUUGCUGGUUUUGGCAUUGCUGGAGCAAGCAUCAUGCAUCUCUUGAGGUGAAUCCUGACCCUCCACUCCUCUGAUUUGACUGAAACAGGGACACUGCUCUGGGCCCAGUUGUGCUUUGUUCCCCCUGCUCCCCCCUUACUCUCUCUCCCAUCCUGGUCAAGAACAUUGGGGCCAAGUCCCGCUGACCAGUUUCCAUUUGGGAGCAGCUUGAGGUGACUGGGGUGGUAAACUGAGGGGGGAGCAGGACUGCAGAGAGCAGGCCCUUCACUGAACACCAGGACUGGAGGAUCAUUGAGUGACAGCAUAUAAUCCCCUCAAGUGGGAAGUGAUAGAAUCCUGUCAUACUUCGUGCAUGGAGUCUUGAGACGACAAUGUGCUUUUCCAUGCUGUUUCAAGGACUCCUGGAAGCUUUAAUCAACAAAGCAGUGUUCGGGGAUUCUGAAAUCACUGAUCUGAUGCAUUGACUCUGCUUAGCACUUGAACCUGUGCUGGACACAGAACAACCUUCACUUCAGCAUUGCCUCAGACCCUUAUUCUCCUCUCUCUAAAUUGCCAAGUUUUGAAAGGGCUGUGUAUGGAAACUUGGGAUUGAAAGGAGGGUUGUGGUGAGACUGGGUGUAAGUGCAGCUACAGUGAUAGUCAGGGGGGUGUGGGGGCAGGAGAAUGUAAAGUUGGUUCUGGUAGUUUACAGUGCAGCUCCUCCAGCUGGAUUGUUCAGCUUUGAAUAAGUACUUGUGUAAUAGAAUUGUUCCUGAGUAGGCCAAUGUAUGCUGAUUUUAUACAGGGUCUGAAAUGAAUCAUGCAGAAGAGUUCCUGACAUCUGGCUCGCCAGGGCUCCCUCACCAGUGCCAUGGAGUUGGUCCAGUUGUAGACAGACUGGAUGGACUCACCAUCUGAGUUGAGGGUGUACUGUUGGAUUGGGUCUGUUCUGAUGUGGCCGAUUGUGACCUCCUGCAGCCCUCAAUCCUUCACCCUUUGUGUGGCCAGGGAGUGAAGUUGGUGCAUCUGACAUUUACUCACCUCGAGUGGAUACUGAUCCUGCAAUUGUGCUGUCUGUUGUCUGUUUUAAACAUGGUUUGAAAGAAGGUGGUAAUGUGCUUUCCAACUGACAGUGAAGUGAUCUUUUUCUCCCCCUCUUUCUUAACAGGGUUUAUUUUAAGGUUAAUUGAAUUUUUUAAAUCUUUCCAAAGCCACUUUAUGCCCUUUAAGUAUUUUCACAGUAACUCUUGACUAAGUUUCAUCUGUGCGGAGUUCCCUGGCCCCUAUUCAGAAUUGAGGGUGGUUUCCAGCACAGGUGUUGGCAAUGCAGACUUUAUCCUGUGGUUGAUAGUGGUGUUACUGGAGGGUUGAAGAGGGUGGGAUGGGAAAAUUUGAGACUGAGAAGGGGGUCACAGCUCCUUAUAUAAGGUGCUGGCUUUCAAUAGCACAGUGGGUCCUGGUGCACUGCAUUUGUAUUAUUUUGUGUAUAUACAAACUUGGGUGUCAGAUUUUGUUUACUGGCAAGGCAGUCCCUUCCCCUCCAUUCUGGAUAGAUUUUAUUUAAAUGAGAAACUCAGCAACUUUGACCAUUUUAGACUUGAUCCAUUCCUGCUGAUUUAUAAUAAUCUGCAGGUUGGGGUGGGGGAGGGAGAAAAUCCAGCGGUAAAAUGUUUGUUCUCGUUCACACAAUCCAGUCUCUUCCUCUUGUGAACAUUUUAUUUUAAAGCACAAAUUCCAGUGGUGGCCCUGAUUGGUUUUAUUUGCUCUGUUCCCUGUUGCUUCCCCUAAAGUUUACAUGUUUUAAGUGAAGGUUGCAUUAAUAUCACUUAGCACUGUGGAACCACUUGCAGUCAAUAGCCACUGCCAGUUAACAGAUUCACUCAAGAAAUGGCAGCUUUAUAAUAAAUUAAAGUAUUUUUGAAAGAA